AUGGAUAACUACAUAUCUGUGGAUCCUCUGACUAAUAAACCAGUAGAUUGUUGGAGAAAGUAUGUAAAUCAAGGACGUAUUUGUGAGCCAAUUCGGACUUUGAGAUUGAACACACCGAUAUUUGAGAAUAAAAUUCGUUUUGUAUGUAUCUCGGACACUCACAGUAAAUUAGACGAACUGAUUCCAACAAUUCCCGAUGGAGACGUUCUCAUACACGCUGGAGAUUUCACUAAUGGCGGAGAUUUAGGCGAAGUUAUCAAAUUCAAUGCGGAAAUUGGUCUAUUACCUCAUAAACAUAAAAUAGUCAUAGCGGGAAAUCAUGAAUUAGGGUUCGAAGAUGGCGAAAGAUUGAACGAUCGUCAAUUAGCUGGAUUAAGUAUGCUAGGAAUCAAGAAGCCUUACGAUUUGUUAUCAAACUGUACUUAUGUGUGUGAUAAGAUGAUAGAAAUUUAUGGAAUCAAGAUAUACGGUACUCCAUGGCAUUGUAUGCCAGGCUAUUCAUUCUAUCGACCUCGCGGACAAAAAAUUCUUCAUAAAUGGAAUCAAAUUCCAUCAAAGAUUGAUAUUCUAAUCACUCAUACGCCUCCAUUAGGACAUGGAGAUUUUAACUCUUGGAACAAGAUGGAUGGCAUACUCGCUGGUUGCGCUGAACUCUUGAAUACUGUAGAACAGCGCGUAAAACCAAAAUAUCACAUAUUUGGUCAUGUACAUCAAAUGCACGGCACGACAACCAAUAAGGAAACGACAUUCAUAAAUGCCUCCAGUGUAGAUCAUAAGCUGCGAUCAGCAUAUCCGCCAAUCAUAUUUGAUUUCCCCAUCCCACCUGGAUACAAGAAAUAA